GGAAGUGGAAGGGACGACGUUGCCAUGGCGGCGUCUCUCGGGCAGGUGCUGGCACUGGUGCUCGUGGCCGCCCUGUGGGGUGGCACCCAGCCGCUGCUGAAGCGGGCCUCCUCCCGCCUGCAGCAGGUUCGGGAGCCCACGUGGGCCCGGCAGUUGCUGCAGGAAGUGAAGACCCUCUUCUCCAACACUGAGUACCUGCUGCCCUUUUUCCUCAACCAGUGUGGCUCCCUUCUCUACUACCUCACCUUGGCAUCGACAGAUCUGACCCUAGCUGUGCCCAUCAGUAACUCUCUGGCCAUCAUCUUCACAAUGAUUGUGGGCAAGAUCCUUGGAGAAGACAUUGGUGGGAAAGGAGCACUCGCAGGCAUGAUGCUCACCAUGACGGGAAUUACACUCUGCAUCUCAAGCUCAGUGAGCAAGACCCAGGAGCACUCGUCUGCCCUCUGAGCAGGCUGCUGCCUCUCCAUCUGUGCCAUCUCAGGAGCCCUGAGCCCCGAGGUGCAAGCAGAAAGCAGACGGGCGGGCACUUCCUCCCUUGAAGCCUCAACUUCUGUACCCCUAGUGGGUACAGCUACCUCAUGGAUUGCAGUGAGAGCAAGCAUGAAGAGUUUCAGAACUUUCAAGUGUUGUUUGACUGCUAGGAUUUAGCACAAAAGACUUCUUGGGCAGCCCCACUGACCUUUCUGCCCCAGCAGCUCACUCCCUGUGGCCCUGCCUAACACUCAGUGCAGCCACUGUUACCCAGGUCUGAUCUGGACCACACAUGGCUGGGUGAUGAAGCCCCACUAUAGGCAGACACUUCCUCUGAGCCAGAAAUGUGGGCCACAGGCUUCC